AGUAGAAUCGAACAGAGUCGUUGGCUGUAAUUGUGGAGUUGACGACUGAGUUGCACUACCUUGUUGGGCAGUGGUGGCCUCGUUACCCCUUGUUUGGUGCCACGCUGGUCAUUUGUGCCUCCGGGAUGGCGCUAUAGGCCUAGGGAGACUCCCUUAGGGGUUGCAAGGACAGAUGGCAUGGAGAGGGACAACUUAAGAAUAAGAAAAACUAAAUACUUGCACUCAUGAAGAAGAGGCAAUGUAGCAAGCGGAAGAAAAGAAUGGAAAAGGAAAACAAACAGGAACAUGAAAUUAAUUUGAGCAAAACAGAACUAACCUGCAAGAGUCGCCACUAUACUUCAUGGGCAGAAGUGUUACUGGUGAAAUGUCAUAGAAAGGGUCUUUUCUUUAAAACCAUUAAUCCACAUAUUGAACUUAAAAGUUUGGUAGCUAAGAAUUUAUUAAGAACUGACACAGUAAUGAGUUUUUGUUUUAUUUUGCUUUCACAGCUUCAGCAGCAAAUGUUAUCACAGCUAAGUUCCAAUACUCAACCAGAAGUCACCAUCACACCUCAGGUUAAGAAUGAGCGCAAGCGUCCUGCGUCAAGUAUGAGCAACAACAAUGAGAAUCAAGAAGAUUGUAGUCAGGUUGGAGAGAUGCAAUUUAAGCGCAAACGCACAGCAUUCAAUGAAAAACAAUAUAAAGUUCUGGAGGUUUGUUUCUCUUAUGAUAUUUACUAUGGUGUGGCACCAGGGGACAGCAAAACAUUCAAGAAUGCAAGUGAUCCUGAUGCUCGGUGGUACUGCAUUCAAUGCCCCUCUACUUUUAUUGCAAAGAAGUUUUUAGACAGCCAUAAAGAAGCACAUGAACGAGAGACUCUGUACUGCCCACAUUGCAAUAUGGGAUUCACUCACAAAGUGUUAUUAGAUACUCAUAAAAUAUCAAAAUGCAGCUCCAAAACUGGCAUUGAUUUGACUCACCUUGAGGAGGAGGAAGGAUUGGAUAACUCUGAUGCUUAUAUUAAAGAAAACAUUAAAAACAUUACAAGACAAUCACAGGCCAGUCAACAGAACUCGCCAACACCACUUCAGGCUGCUUUACCUCUGCUGUUGCUACAAAAGUUGCAGAAACAGCAGCAAAUGCAAGAAUCUCCUUCAUCUCCCCCACCACUUAUAGAUGCAGAAAUGUUGUCGCAGAUGGAAGAUAGUCGCUUGAUAAAACAGCAGAAGCAGCGGUUGAUGCAGCAGUUGCUGCUGGCACAGUUGCACCAAGUGCAGAAAGCUAGGUUACCAAAAGAUGCAAUAAAAGAAGAAAGAAAUGCAAAUGAAAAGCAAGAAGAUAGCCAAACAGAAGAGAAUCAGAUUGAGGAAAAACAAGAAGACAAGCAAAUACAGUUGCAGGAGCAGCAACAACAACUGCAGUUACAACUUCAGCAUAUACAGCAGCAGCAUUUGCAGCACCAACUCUUACUUCAACAGCAAGAGAUAAAGAGGGUACAGGAAGUACCAAAAGUCUCACUUACACUUGGUGGCUUAACUAUAUUUCCUGUGCCAGCAUCAAGUUCACAGGAAACAAAGUUAAAUGUGAAGAAAGAGAUCAGGGACAGGGAAGAUGAAGAAGAAAAUAAAGAGGAGGAAGAAGAAAAGCAACCAAUGACAUUACAAGACCAAAUAUCUUCUAUACUACAAAGUCAUGGUCUCAAGUCUCCAUGGAAAACACCUAUCAACAUAAAGUCUGAGCCGGUAGAUACCAUGCAGAUGUCAAAGGAAAGAGAGUCCAUGCAAGAGCAAAUUGAGGCAAUUCUUCGCCAUCAGGAAGAACAGCGGCGCAAGUUAGAGAAAAAUAAUGAAGAUGAUGUUACAGAUGAAACUGACUUAAACAACAUGAAGCGACACCGCAGAAGAACAACUGUAUUUAAUGAGGCUCAGCUACGCACACUGUACUUGCACUUCACGUAUUGCAACUUUCCCGAUCCUUCCAUUUUUAACUCCAAGGAAAAACCAUACAAAUGUCGUGAUUGUGGCAUGUCCUUUGCUAUGCUUACGUUCUUAGUAAAGCACAGUAUGCGUCACAAUGGAGAUACAGACCAGGAUGCGUGUGUACGCACCUGCCCUCUUUGCUUGCAGAAAUGGAACAAGGAAGUGUUUGCAUCACACCUUAAAAGCAGACACAAUGUAAAUCUUAGCCUGGUUGAUGAGAAGUUGGGAGGGGCUUUAAUGUGCUACCUGUGUGAGGAAAAAUUUACUGAUCAAGAAAGUCUCAUGAUUCAUAAACAUAAACAUUUAAAAGAUGAUUAUGGAGAUCCCCCACAAUGCUCGAAAUGCAAGACUACAUUUGUUAAUGCCAUCUGCUUAGAAGCUCACAUGGAGACCCAUAAACACAAUGAAUGGAAUUAUAAAUGUAAUCUCUGUGGGGCUCUUUUUCUCGACAAGAUAUUACUAACAUCACACAGGAUGGGUCAUGGGGUGCCAUUAGCACCUGUUAGCACUAUCGAUAGAUCAAGAAGUCAACUGCAACACACUUCUGUGAGGGCAAUACAUGCUCGAGCAAGAAAGACCGUAGCAUCAGCCAUCACAAGUCUCAAUAAUUCUGAAAACAAUGAAGCUGCUUCAGAGUCAGACUCUGCAAAAUCAGACUGUAGCGUGUCCUGUAGUACCCAUAUAUCAAGUCCAUCAACCUCAAAGGCCUCAAUUUCACCAGCCUCAACCGUUUCAGCUAUUGUUUCACCCCCAAUAAUAACCUCUCCUUCCACGAUAAUCACCCCAUCCUCUAUAAACAACUUGCCAUUUACUUCUGCUUCAGGGCCUGUCAGUUAUGUUAAAUUAAUACCUGUGCAACUUGUCCCUGUCAACUCCAUUAAUAAUAAAGCAACAGGGCAGAAAACUGCUAGCUUUACUACUGUGACAUCUGGAAGCCUCACAACCCCCACCACCACCUUCAUCUCUGUUCCUGUCUCGCUGAAGGGCUCUUCAGAAACCAAUCCCAUUCUUAAUUAUCUUCUAGAGGCAUCUCCAUCUCCUACUAAAUUAUCUGAUGACAAGCCACCCGCCAAGAAAGUGAAACUUAAGGCCUUGCCCAAUCUCAUUCCUAUAAGUCAGAGUUCGAUUUUACCAUUAAAAGAAAUAAAUACAGAUGGAGUGCAAAAAGUGCCACCACUAAUAGAAAAGAUCAAGAAAGUGAGAGAAGUGAAAAAUGGUAUUAGUGUUGAUAGCCAGAAUAAUGGAAAAAUCCUUGAUCUUGAAAGUGUUGCAACAAAAGAAAAGGGUGUUAACAAGAGUAAUGACAAUGAAACUGGCAUACAGAAGAUAGUGAAUGACAGUGAUACUCAUGAUCAGCUGAACAUCAAAAAGGAAGAUACAGGCCAACAGGUUGCAAGCAAGAAAAGAUACGUGCCAAUUCUACCAAUGAUUCCAGUCCAGUUAGCACCUCGGGAACCUCAGCCAACACAACAGCCUUCAACUACUGACACAGUGACACCUCAGCGAGCUAGAAGCACUCGUAAUGUGACAAAUAAAAGGCUCUGGCAGACGUUUGAUUUAGUUGGGUAUAAAAGAAGGAGAAGUCCAACAUAUUUUACUGGCAACCAGCGUGAAAUCCUAGAAGCUCAUUUUGAACAUGACAAUUUUCCAGAACCUGGGGAGCAAAUGGCCAUUUCAAUUUUAUUAGGAGUUGAAUAUGCUGUUGUUAAAACCUGGUUCCAAAAUACACGGAAAAAUUACAGAAAACAACUGAAGGAAGUGGCUAAAUAUGAAGGGGCUGGGCCUUUUCCUUGUUACAAAUGCAGUGUGUCAUUCAUCGACAGGGAAAACCUCGAUAAGCAUUAUGAGAAACACUACAAUGAGACAAGCUUCCACUGUCUUGAAUGUGGAAUCUACUUUUCCCAUCCAGCUGUUUUAAAUACUCACUUGAUGAGACAUGUGUCAAAAGCGGCUGAUAGCAAAAGAAAGAAAUUUGCUACCGAAGCUCCCAUGCUAAUGACAUCUAGUCAAAUGGAACUGGCAGAAACUUUUGAGGAAGGUAAUGAGAGUAUGAGUGAUUCUGACUCAAAUGAUGAAGGAAGUGAACCUCCAGACAAUGACAAUUUCAAUCUUGUGUCAAGGUCACAUGAUGAUUCAAUGGAUGGUAUGUCUGAGGAUUUUGAUGAUUAUCAUCCAAUUAUGGCUGUGGAGUGUAUCCUCGACAACUCUUCAGAAGAAGAAUAUGAAACUGAAUCAACAAAUGAAUCACCAGUCAAGAAUGGAGGCCACCAAUGCUCAUCAUGUAAGGAGAGCUUUGCUUCUUUGAUAGCACUCAAGGAGCACUACCCACUUAAGUGUAUUAACACAAAACUUUUGCGAAAGCCUGGGGAGUGGAGACGGAAAAAAGCUAAGCGGAAACACAAAAUUGGAAAUGAAAUUCGCUGCAUUGAAUGCCAUUUAGUCUUCCCAGAUCGAGCUUCAUUCUUAGACCACUUUAGCUCAAGUAAAUGUGAUGUUGGCAGACAGAGAAUAGAAUACACUGAUGAAGAACAAGCAAUUCUGGUUACACAUUACAAUAGAAAUAACUUCCCCUUGCCGUCAGAAAUGAGUAUGCUGGCAAGACGUUUGGGUGUCCGUUAUCGACAGAUCAUGCACUGGUUUCAGAAUCGUCGGAGUAAGGAGAGAAAACAGCAGAAAGAGAGUAAAUAUCCACCAGUUGAGUGUCAGGAUUGCAAAGCUUCCUUUGUGACAGAUGGCAAUUUGCAGCGCCAUAGCAAUGCUGUACAUAAGCAGGCCAAUAUAUCCGAAUGUGAGUUUGCUUGCUUGGUUCCGGGAUGUGGUGCUGUGUUCAACAAUGCAGAUUUGCUGGUGACUCACAGAUUGACUCAUCAGCUUGAUGGUGCUGCUGGGCACAACGAUGAGGAACGAAGAAAGCAACACAUUCUUAAGCUGGAAGGAAGCAAGCAUGAAGAAUUGGAAGGAGAAGAAGCAAUUAACUCACAAAAAGCCAUGAUUAAAAUGUGCUCCAUUUGUGAUGCAGCAUUCCUUUGCCAGGCAGACCUCAUUGCUCACCAGGAGAUGCAUAAAUCAUCUUGGGUUCAGAAUAUGGAGGACAACACACCACCACACUACGGGCGUGUCCCUUUGUGGAAUUUCACUGUGUUUGAGGCUCACUACUUUCACAAUAACUUCCCGGACCCCAUGGAUAUUGGAUAUAUCGCUCAACGUCUGGAAAUAGAUCCACUUGAUGUUCAUAUAUGGUUCAAGGAACGAAGAAAACAGCACAUUCUUAAGCUAGAAGGGAGCAAACAUGAAGGACUGGAAGGAGAAGAAUCAGUCAGCUCUCAAAGAUCAAUGAGCAAGAUGUGUUCCACUUGUGAUGCAGCUUUCAUCUGCCAUUCAGACCUCAUCGCUCAUGAGGAGAUGCAUAAAUCUUCCUGGGCUCGGGCCUGCAAAUUGUGUGGAAAACAGUACAGUAAUUUGAUCACUCUGGAGACACAUUCUAUACGACAUGGAAUUAAAGUGGGGCAGAAAAAUGAACAAAACUCCCAGUCUAAAUAUAUAUCAUCUACAGGAGCACCUCUUUCUGAUUCACAGCUGAAGGUUCUUGACACCCACUAUGAGCACAAUAAUUUCCCGGGUACCACAGAGGUGUGGCUUGUGGCCAAACGCCUCAAUCUAAAACCACAGCGUGUGCGAUACUGGUUCCAGACUAAACGGAGAAAAGAUCGUCGUUCACAAAAGAUGGAGACCAAGUCCUCAUGCGUAUGCUCUCGUUGUGGAGCAGGAUUCAUUAGUGAAUUCCACCUGGAGAACCAUAAAAAGCUUCAUAGAUCCAAACAAAGAUUCCCUUGCACACAAUGUAAAGCAGUCUUUAUUUCAUCUACAAUACUGGAAACUCACCAACUGAAUCAUGAUCUGAUAUCAGGAUCGAAAAUAGUGUUUCGAAAGCUCCCAGAUGGAGCAAAAGACCCAUUGACUCUGGGUCAGGCAAAACCAUGGGACAUUUUAGAAAAAAAUGAUUCAGAAGGAAGUGACCUUGAAAUUGAUGAAGGUAUAAACAUGGAGCAAGAAAUCAUAAGUGCUGUGAAAACAAUAAUGCACUCUCCUGAAAGUGAUGAGGAAGAAACAACACACUUGCUGAAAACUGACACAAAGGUUAACACAGAUAAUGUGGAUAGUAAAUUGAAAGAUAUGAAACUUCCUGAACAUUAUGAUAAGGAUGUAUCAGGUAAAUUCAGAAGAAGUAAUAAUAACAUGCCUGAUUGUCUUGAAAAUGCUCAGAAAGACUUUAAACAUGAUCUCAAGGAAAUAAAAGAUACUCAAGGUUUUGCAGAUGGUGCACUCUGUAAAACAGAGAUGGAAGGAAGUGAAUUAACUACAGUGGAAGUGGGAGAGAGUAAAUCAAUCAUAACAAAAGAAAAGACAACUAGGCUUCCCGACAAGAAAGCUAUACGAGAAGAAGUAUUCUUUGAUGACGUUACAGAUAGUGAUGAUGAUGAUGAUGAUGAUGAGCCGAGACUGAAGAUUGUCAGUGCGUAUACCAUUUCUCCUGACACUGAAGAUUUGGAUCUGGAAGAGGAGGAGUCAUGAAGGUGAGAGCCCAUAUAUCAUGUUGGUAGGUAGAAGGUAAUCUGAAGCUUUACAAUGAUUGAGCAUAAAAAAUUAUUGUAUAUAUACUUUUUUAUAUGUAUAGUACCUAACAAACUGUUUGAGAGGUCAGAUGUAUUAAUCUUUUACUAUUGAAUUAGAUGUCCAUUAUAUACAGAAAUUAAGCAAAUCUUGAUUAUUAAUGUGAUAAAAGUUAUUAAAAAAGUAUAAAUAUAAAUGAGGGCAUCUAAAAUUAUUAAUAUAAGACCAUUGUUAAGGGAAGGAUUUUUUUAUGAUUGCAUUGGUGUGCUGAUGUGGUACAAACAAGCAGCAGUUGAAGGACAAAGUAUGAGAAACACUGAAGAUAGGAUACUGUUAUUAUUUUGAGAGCCUUUUACAUGUACUGUACUGGAAUUGCCUUGUAUGGUGAUGCAACUGCCUUUGAUAUGUUUACAAGAAACGAACUAACCCCUGAUUGGCUAAUGCUGUGGGAAAAAUUUGCUCAGGGCUUGUGACUCACCAGCCAUAUAAUAAGUUUAGUGGUUGUAUAGCAUGUUAGUUGCCUGAUGGUCUGUAAGGCAGCAGGUCAGUAUACAAUGAUGCUCAUGCUAUACAGCAUUUUUAAUAUGCCAUGUCGGAUUAGAAAACUGACCAAUAGGAAAUUUUGACAUAGCUCAAUACUUUAAAAAUUUAAUGUGAUAUAACAUAAACAAUAAAUUCUCCCAAGUUUUCACUCUUGUUAGUAACAUGUUAGAAAGUUUAUGUUGCUCAAAGUAGAGUGUUCAAAAUAUAAUUUUCAAUUUGAUUUUUCAUCUGAUAACUGAUAUGAUAUUAAAGGUCUUCUGUAUUGCAAUGAGUCACUUCGACAUUUCCGCAAUCAUCUUUAAUAUCUUUGAGUAAGAAAUCAAUACCAUUUCAGUGGAGAUUAAUAUUUUGAACACAUAUGUAGUCUUCAACCAGUACGUGUAUAGUUGAGUGAUAUCCUGUUGUUCACAACCUCGUUAUAACCAAGUAUUUGAAUCAUGAUUGUCUAUUAUGUGUAGGGUCAUUGCUCACCCAUCUACCUUUCAUGGGAAAAGUCUCAGAUAGAUGUUUUAUUUAUUAAUUUUUUAACCUUUACCUGAUAUUUCUCUCUUCUGUUAUUUUAAAGUUGAGAAAAUUCAUAAAAUUUGUUAUAAACCCAUACAUCAUCAGCUUCAAUAAUAUUUAUUACAUCAUGUGUACAUUAGUAACCAAUACAUUCCAUAAUAGUUUGGCAUUUGUAAACCAUUUGGCUUGACAAUGUAAAAUCUGUGCCAAAGUACAUAUAGUACUGUAUGUAUGUGUAGACUUUUGCUAGUUUAAAUGCUCUAUUGUAAGAGCUGGGUGCAUGUCUUUCCCUUUAUCCCAAUGCAUAGUACCCAGUCCUUAGUUCCCUACAUUCCUUUUCCAUAAUAGUGUUAUCUUCACAAUAAUGUGAAGUUAACAGUUUUAUGGCUGUUUUAUGAGGGCCUUGGAAAAGAGAAUGAUAGGGCAUUCUUUGACUGGUUUCAUAACCUUUGCAGCCCAAUCUGAGGCCAAACCUAGGAAGCUUGAAUAUUUUGCUUCAUCCACCCUACUAAUUAUAAAUACAUACAUACUGUAUAUAAUAUGUAAUUGCUAUUAUUACUAGCAAAAUGGGAAAACAGUUUAAUAGGCCAUGUUAUACCCAUCAUGCAAAACAGAUUUUGUACUUUACCAGUAAGAUUGUUUACAUCAAGUGAGGUAUUUAUCGAUCUAACUGCAUAUAUUAUCUUUUCAUCACUCUUGGACUAAGCCAAAAGAUGCAAAGCAAGUUUACUGCACCAAGCUUGUAAAUCUAAACAAUACUUAAGCCCUUUCGUGAGGGAUUUUUUAAUACUGCUACAUGGUCCUAAACCCUUGUACAAGCCUUGUAAUUACCAUCUACACCUAGUAGAAAUCUCAGAUUAUUUAUACAAUAGCACAUACCGCACAAUAACACAUACACACGAUAUUUAAGAUGUUUAUUUCUAAACAUGGCAUAGUGAUUCAGCAGUUGGUGCUCAGUUCAAAAAACAAUACAAACCAGAAGUUCUUAUUUUAUAUUUAAUUAACUGUUAUGUGGGUAACAAAAUAAAUGUAACUACUGACUCCAGUUUCCUAUUCAUACACCUGUGUGACUGCUCAAUACAAAAGCUCAUUAAUUCUAAAAAAAAAAAAAUAUAUAAUUUUAUAGUUUUAGACACCACAAAUAGAGGAAAGCUCUUACAUGUCAUGUAAGAAGUUAGGUGUCAUCUGUGCUGCAGAUUGGCCUAGCCCUUCUUUGAAGGUAAAUACAUUUAUACAGCACAUAUUCAUCAUGUUGGUUGGAUAAGUGAGUAAUGGCUUCUAUUUUGCAUAGCAAGCUUGUGUAUGUACUUUUUAUAUAUUCAGAAUUACAAAUUUUGGAUUUACUGAAUAACAAAUAUUUUUGUUAAUGAGUAAUACAAAGCUUGAGAAUAAUGAGGUUAGUAUCGGUCAUGUUGUUGUUGACCUUGUUGACGUAAGUCACUGUAGAUUACAAACAUCGUCCCAAGACACAAUGUUAAUGUCUGCCAAUUUUUACUGAAUAGUUAAUGGAACUCAUAUUUUAUGUGAAUAAUGAGAUAGUACUUCAUAUUGAUCAUAUUUUUGAGUGGUAGCAUGCAGAAGAGUGAUUUCCCAUUUUAACACUUGUAUUCAUAAUUUUUGUGAUUAUGCCAGACAUAAAUGUAAUGGUAAAGCUUUAUUUUAUUAUGGUUUAUAAGGCUUUAUUUAAAUGGAUGUGCCAUAAAUUAUACUUUUUGUUGUGUAAUCUUUUGUAAAGGCUAGUGUCUCUGGCAUUUAAUUUCCCCCACCUUUUACUAUUUGUGUUGAUUUUUUUAAAGUUUGUAGAUAAUUUUAAAUGUUUAUCUGAAUUGUAACAUGUUCAAUAAAAUAUAUUCAUCCUGUGUUUCAUAGACAGGAAAUGUUUUAUAAAUUUUGUUAUUUUCUCAUGUUCCUCUGUGUGUAUUUUGAGCAAAACAAGAAUGACUAUCUUUUACAUUCUAAGGGUUGCUAAUACAAGCUGGGUAGCAUUUUUUUAUACAAAAAUUCUAAGUAGCCUCCUCAGCAUCGUUUGUUUUGAAGUGAAUGAUGCUUUUAGAAUAAUGAUCUUUUAUACAAAUCUGUAUAAAUACUAUUUAUCUUCAGAAAUGUUUCUGAUAUAUUAUUAUUAUUAUUAUUAUUAUCAUUAUUAUUAUUAUUAUUAUUGAUAUUAUUAGAUCCAACAACCAACUAUGCUGAGGAUUAGUAAUUUAUUUCUUUGAAAGGAUCCCUUACCAAGGAGAAAUGGAAUGAGCUUAGUAGGAUUAAUUUAGCUUUGAAGCCUCUAUUGUCUCACCCACUGUUAGAUAAUUAUUUAUUUAUUAAAAGCUUACAGAAACAGGUGAUGAGUUUGGGAUUAGAAUUCAUUGCUGUGUUUAAUGGUAGGAGGCAAAAUUGCUUGUUGGUUGAUGCGCUAUAGCAUAUCUUAAAAUAUAAUUUAAUCCAAAGACAAUAAUAGUACAGUAUACUCAAUAUGUUGAUCUCAGUUUGCUGCAAUCUUCUGAGAAAACAUUCUUGAGGUCACUGCCCCACAAUGACUUUUAAUUUAGGGACAGGCAUGUCACUACCAUCUUCAUUAUAAAUUACAUUCAUUAUAUUAUCCUUUUUAUUUGUACAGUAAACUGAUAAUUGAAAUCAUUAUAUUUACAAGGUACCGAUAGACAUAUAAGCAUGUUUAACGAAAUAUUUGUCUAAGCAUGCACUUGGAUAUUCAUAUGAUUCUGUUAUUCAAAUUAAUGUGAAUGGAAGUGUACAUGUGUGUACUGAUGCAUGUACACAUGCAAUAUUGUCUGUUUCCAUAUCACUACAGAUUGUGAUGUAGUGCGAAUGAAUGUCUAUUUUUUUAAUUUUUCAGAGGUGUAUUGUGCCUAUAUUUAUUUUGGCAUCAUAUAGCAUUGAAAGGGGUGGUAGCUUUAUUCAGAGCUUAUACUACAGUACGUACAUUGUUUUGGAAUAGAUAAUCAUUAAGGAAGAGAACAGAAGAAUGUGUGGUUUUGUGAUUAUGGGUAAUUACUCUUAUUCUUUUUUGUUUCACUUUCAUAUAGUAAGCUGUUUUAAAACAGGGUAGUACAAUUUUUGCAAAUCUGUUGUUGACUGCAGUCGUGGUAGCAGAACUGAGGACUGAGUAGGGCUUUUAAAUCCUUAUGAAAGAUUACAAAUUAAUGACAAUAAUGAAAUACAAAUCACAGUACUUGUAAGGUCUGCAUUAACCACUUACAAUGACAGCUGCUCAAGUACUUACCUUCAAGUAGAUUAGUUUUUCACAGUUUCAGGUUGAGGUAGCCUCAGCAUUGCCCACAAACAGCAAAUAUAUUAGAACUUGUUUCAUGCAUCCUUUUGUCUGUGGUGCAUCAGAUUGCUGAUACUGAUGCCCCAUUCUUCUCUCUCUGAUGUGUACUUAUAAUGUUAUAUGUUCUUUGUUAUUCAUAGAUCUAAGGUCUUAAUAGUUUACAAACAAUAUUCAAAGGUGUUUUGUUCACUGAAGAUAACACUAGGAAAAUGGAAAAAAAAAGAGACAAUCGAAAUUAAUUCAUAGAUACUAGUGAUGUAAUGCAUUUUCCCGGUAUGCACAGGUGACAAGAAUCUUAUUAGCUAGUAAGUCGUACAAUGAUUGCAAGAAAUGUGAUGAAAACUGCCAUAUUGGUUUAUUAGUAUAAUUUGUCUUUAUUUAUUACAUUUUUAACCCCUUCGUGUAUCAGGAGAAAGAAUGAUAAGCAAUGAUUUCUGUUUUACUCUCUGUACUCAAAUGUCGUACUUGUGUAUUUAAAAUACAUUACUUUAUGUAAAGCAUUAAAGUUAUCUCUUAAUGCAGUGAUAUGCUGCAUAUACAAGUUCAUUAGUCACCAUGCUUUCAUGAUCUGGAAGAACUUCAGAGUCACAAUGUGUUCAGAAAUAAUUUUGUUCCUGGAUGUUGUCAGUGGAUAACACUUCAGGCUUCAUGUGAGGAGCAUUUUUUUUUUUUUAGUUAAGAAAUAAAUAACCUUAACCUUACGAGUUUCCUUAGGACACUGAUACAGUACUUGCUAGUUCCUGAGGUAGCUGGUACAUACUAGUUCCUGAGGUAGCUGGUACAUACUAGUUGUAUAUACGUAUGUUGGUAGAAUUACCGACAAUAUGUAAAGUAAAAGGACACAAGUGUAACUAAUGUGACAUUUUAUUGUGGCAACGUUUUGCUCUCCAGGAGCUUUGUCAAGCCGUUACAAACAAUAAUGAACACAGAGGGUAUAUAUAAGCUUAGAGUGAGGUGUAAUACUAGUGGUAGUAGUAGUAGUAGUGAUAUAAGUUGUAGUAGUAAUACAAUAUGGUAGAACAGUUAACUUGCACAAGAAUAAAAGGAUAUAAAAGCUAUUACUUGGGUAGCAUAAAAAUAGGUUAGACAAAUAUUUCUAUUGGACGUUGGAUUAGAGAAGGCCUGUUUCAUUGUUCAUCCUCUGUAAUGUGCUUGUGUAGUAUUAGCAGGCGGGACUAUGUGAUGGCAGGGUUUACUGUUUUCAGGAGGAUUCUUGUUAAGACUUCAGAGAUGGUGAAGCUGCCUUUGUUUUGUUGAAUUGUGUUAGAAACAGCGAUUAGUGCUGAUUCAAGGCACUUGCGUCUGCAGAAAUUAGUUUUUUUGAUCGUUAAUCUUUGAUCACUAAUUGUACGCCUAUGUACAACACCAAAAUUCCACCAGUCAUCUCAUGAAAUUCAGGGAUGCCCGAUUAGUGAUCAAAGAAACUAAUUUCCUCAGAUGCAAGUGCUUCAAAUCAGCACUAAUCGCUGUUUCUAAUGUAAUUAAUCAAAACAAAGGCAGCUUCACCAUCUCUGAAGUCUUAGCAAGAAUCCUCCUGAAAACAGUAAACCCUGCCAUCAUAUAGUCUCUCCUGCUAAUACUACACAACCACAUUACAGAGGAUGAACACUGAAACAGGCCUUCUCAAAUCCAACCUCCAAUAGAAAUAUUUGUCUAACCUAUUUUUAUGCUACCCAAGUACAUAUAAUAGCUUUUAUAUCCUUUUACUCGUGUGCAAGUUAAUUGUUCUACCAUAUUGUACUACUACUACUACUACUACUAUAACUUACAUCACUACUACAACUACUACUAGUAUUACACCUCACUCUAAGCCUAUAUAUACCUAUAUAUACCCUCUGUGUCCAUGUAUUGUUUAUAAUGGCUUGACAAAACUCCUGGAGAGUGAAACGUUGCCACAAUAAAAUGUCACAUUAGUUGCAUUUGUGUCCAUUUACUUUACAUACUAGCUCCUGAGGUAACUGGUACUUGCUAGUUCCUGAGGUAACUGGUACUUGCUAGUUCCUGAGGUAACUGGUACUUGCUAGUUCCUGAGGUAACUGGUACUUCCUAGUUCCUGAGGUAACUGGUACUUCCUAGUUCCUGAGGUAACUGGUACUUCCUAGUUCCUGAGGAAGCUGGUACUUGUGGGUUCCUAUGGAAUUUGGUAUUUACUAGUACCUAAGGAAGCUGGUAUUUACUAAUCUCCUGAGAGAUGAUAGUUACUAGAUCCCUGGACAACUAGUACUGUACUAUAAUUAUUAGUUCCUGAGGAAGGUUGUACUUACUAGUUCUUGAUAGAGCUGGUGCUUGCUAGCACCAGUUCCAGAGGAAGCUGGUACUUAUUAGUUUCUUAGGAAACAGGUACUUACAAGUUCCUUAGGAAGUAGGUACUUACUAUUUCCCUAGGAAGCUGGUGCUCAGUAGUUCACUGGGAAAUUAGUACUUAUUAGUUCCUUAGGAAGCUGGUAGUUACCAUUUCCUAAGAAACUUAGUACAUACUAGUUCCUUAGAUACUCACUAGUUCCCUAGGAAGAUAGUAUUUACUAAUUUCCUAGGUACUUGCUAGUUUCUUCAGAAGUUGGUACUUUACAAGUUUCUUCUGGAGCUGGAGCUUACUAGUUCUUAGGAAGCUAGUAUUCAAAAGUUCCUUAGGAAGUUAGUAUUUACUAGUUUCUGAGAGAGCUAGUACUUGCUACUAGAGUCACAGUAUGACUAAAUUGUUUUUAUAGUCAGAUGUCUGCCAUGUAGUACAAGUAAGUUAUUAUUUUUUCCAUCUGUUGUGCUUGUAGUAAACUGAAUUUUCACUGGAAUUUUCUAAAUAUUCUGUAGCAUUUUGCCAUAAAGGCUAACAUUUUAGACUA